AUGUCGGACACUGCCAUUGAGACAGCGAAGCAGCCUCCACAAAGUAGGUUGAAGCAAUUGGCUUCUAGGUCAAGUUGGGUUUCUCCCUUUAGAAGUCAUUCAGAAGAUGGAGAUGUGAAUGCCAAAAAAAAGGUUAAUUUACAUAAACAAUUUAGAGAAGAAAAUAAAGUAGAGAAGAUUAAAGUUCCCAUAAAGUUUGCUCAUCAUCCAACUUUGGAAGCUGAGGCUAGGAAGAAAAAACUAGAAAGCUCGAAAAAGGCGGCCAGUGCUACUGAACCUGCAAAAAAAGAGGGGGAUGAUAAAGUAGUUGAUGAGCCAGCCAUUAAAGGGGCUAAAUCGGAGAAUAUUGUUGUUCCGUCCUCAGAACUAGAGGUUUCUGCAACUGAUGUUGUUCCAUCUUCAGAACUUGAGGUUUCUACAACUGAUGUUGUUCCAUCUCCAGAACUUGAGGUUUCUACAACUGAUGUUGUUUCCUCUCCCAUUGCCGAUGCUGAAAAUGCAGCAAACGAAAAUCACCAAGAGUAUGAAAAUAAAAUUGAGGACGCCAAAAAUACAAUUAGAGAGGUUAAUGAGAAUGCGCAAGUUCAUUUAGAAGGAAACGAUGACAUUGAAAAGCUAAUCAAAGAAAACCCAGUGGAUUUGGAUGUAGAGCCCAGUACAAAGUAUGAACCAGUUGACUUACCAAACAGAGACAUUUUGGAAAAAUUAAAAGACAAACCUGUUUUGUUGCAACAUUAUAAAGAGCUCAAUGCAACCGCUAUUGGUGCUUUAGCACAUGACAUUGAUGACCCUAAAAAAGUUAUUAAUUUAGGUUCUGGUUUGAGAAUGACUCAAGAACAAUUGAUGGAUAUGGCAGCUAAAAGGGUUGCCCCAGUUAUCACUUCCAUUAACGAGGAGGUUUCCAAAACUAGACAAGAGGACGAAAUCAGGAGAGAACAAGCUUUAGAAGCCAAGGUUAAAAAGCACGAAGGAAAAUUGAAAAGCGAUUUCGAUAAACACGUGGCUCAAUUGAAUAAAAAGAAGGAUACUUUUAAUCAAGGCAUUGACCGUAAAUUAUUGAAUAUUGAAAAUUUGAAAAAGAGGUCUACCGACACAGCUAAAAAUUUUGAAACAACAACUAAAAAGGAGAUCGAAACUGCUAAGAAAGAGUUUGAAGAACGUGAAGAGAAAGCUGCUAAACAACAUGUUACUGACAAAGAAAAUCUCGAGAAGAACCACGAGGAGCUACUAGCCACCAAGAAGCAGGAAUUGGAAGACGCAAAAUUGGGACAAGAAAAAGCAACACAAGAAAUUGAUGAAUUACAGGAGAGAAAAUUAGAUUUGGAUAAUCAAAACUCGGAAUUAGCAGAUGAGAUUGAGAAAUUAUCAGCAACCUUGAAUGAGAAAAAUGUCCAAUUAGACGAGUUGAGAUCCAAGUAUGAAAUUCACGCUAAGGCCAUUGAUGCAAAUUUGUCAGAAUCAAAAGUCUUGGAUGAGAAAAUAGACUCUUAUAAUAAUGAUGUCGACAAAAAGAAGAAAGUCCAUAAGGGUCUACUUGCCGAAAUUGGAGUCUUGAGUGCAGCACUUGGCGCAUAUGCUUCAAAGUUAUCCGAUUUAGACUCAGACAAGAAGGAAAGAACUCAAAGGUUAGCAGAUGCAAAGAGUAAGAUGAGCAAUUGGCAACAAGAGAAGGACAGGUUGGCCGAAGAGGCAGCUAGAGAUCAUGAACGUAAAAGAGCUCAAGCAACUCAAGAAUACGAAACACAAAAGCAUCAGGAAGAGUUGGAGAGAAUAAAGCAAAAGGACAAGGAAGCGAGGCUUCGUAGAGAGGAAGAGGAAAGACAAGCAAAGUUGAAGGCCGAAGAAGAAAAGAGAAUAGCAGAGGAAGAGGCAAAAAAAGCUCAAUUGGAGGCCGAGAAGGAGGCAGAAGCAAAAAAGUUGAAGGAGAAGAAGCAGAAGGAGGAAGCAGUUAAUGCCGAGAUCAAAAAAAAGGAGGCCAACCAAAAAAGUUUAGAGGAUGAAAGAAACAUUCAUGAUAGCCUUUACGAGAAGGGCACAUAUGAAGGUGGGGAAGAAGCUUAUCGAGCAGCCCAAAAGAACAGAUUAAGAGAUGAGGUUUCAAACUUGAAAAAAAUAAGAGAUUUGAGAGAAGAAAAAGCUACUUACACAAAUGAAGAUCCAAAAUUAACAGAAAUUGAUGGUUUGAUUCAAGAAAGGGAAAAUGCUAUUGAAAAAUUGAACAAAGAGCAAGCAGAGAGUAAAAAAAAGAUUGAAACUGUGCCCAAAGAAGCACUUCAGAAUAAAGGAGCCAUUGAAAAAAAGUCUUACGAAGAAACACCAGUUGUUAGUAAUCAAAAAAAAAACAAUGCCACUGCCAACGAAGCCACGGAGUCAAAGUCUGAUCGCUCCAGAGCCGCCGGAGCUGCUGCUGGAGCUGCUGCCGGAGUUACUACUGGUAGUGUUUUUGCUGAUGCUAAAGACCACGGGUUUGACAUUCCAACUACUAAUAACAACACCGCAGCAGACUACAAUGUAAACAAAAUAAGUCAAAACUAUUCCAACAAAGAAGCCUCAGUGCCAAAGUUUGAAGACUCCGGCGCUGCUGCUGCUGAUGCUAAAGACCACGGGUUUGACAUUCCAACUACUAAUAACAACACCGCAGCAGACUACAAUGUAAACAAAAUAAGUCAAAACUAUUCCAACAAAGAAGCCUCAGUGCCAAAGUUUGAAGACUCCGGCGCUGCUGCUACCGGCACGACUACAACAAGUGCUCCAAAGGAGGAUAAAACAGUUGGAGGUGUUAACGGCAAAGAUGCAGGUUCCAAAUCAAAUCCUUUCCGUGGAGCAACUCAUCAUGAUGAUGCAUCUUGGGAUGUUCAGUCAGUAUACGAAAUGAUCUCAGAUGGGGAAUUUGAAUCACACAAACAGAACCCAGAUUACUUUGAGAUAAGUGAAGAAGAAUACGACAAACAUAAACAGAUGGAGAAAGAAGUUACUCUUGUUGAAAAAAUUGUCUAG